AUGUUAUCUGGGAGAACAUCGUCGAAUGGAAGAAUCAGGUCAGUUGGGAGGAAUAACUGUGGAGAACCGAGUUGUAGAGGGGAUAAUAGGAGCUGUUUAAUCGAGAAAGAGUUUGGUUUUGUGAAAGGCCCGCUAUUACGACAUAUUUUUUUAAAUGUUGCGGUAGGGAUGACUAUUUUCCCUACAAGUUAAAAACGUGGAGAGCGGUUAGAGAGAAAAACGCUUUUUGGCCAUAGCUUUAGCUGUUUCGUGCGGAAAAAUUUGAUUUUUUGUGGAAAAAACUACCCUUUACGGCAGAAAUUGGCAUGAAACUUUUCGUGCCGAAAUUCGGCAAAAGGUCCUAAAUUUUCUCCAAUUUUCGAUCUAAAAAUCUCAGCUGUUUCUGCAAAGCUAGGAUUCUCGUAUAUAUUUUACAAAAAAUUAUUCUAAACCUGUGCCAAGUUUCAUCAAAAUCUGAGCGUCGCACGUGGGGUACUUCCCCUGUUAAUCCUUUUUUUCGAGUUAAAAAAUUGAUUAGACUUACGUUAGGUUGAAUUUUUUGCUGAUUUAUAUUGUUUUUUUUAAAGUUUUUCGCUUCUUAAUACAUUAUUCUUUCAGAAAGACCUUCAUCCUUCAUGUUUGCCUUGUGGUCGACAAGGAAGCUGGAAUGAUCGGAAACGAAGAACAAGUCACUCUGCCGAAACCUGCCUUCCAUGGAACGGUCGGCUUGUUUGAAUAUGUACAGUUCAAUUUGUUUGGGGGUAAGUGAAGCUUCGAGUAUAGAGGGUGACUUUGGUUGAUCUAUAGGCUGGAAGUCCGUUUUAAUGUGGGUUUUUGAAACAUGUAGAUUGCCAGAUUCGCCGUCAUGACGCAUUUUUUAGCCCUCUGCUGUGUUAUUAUAUUUGGUCGUUUUGAGGGUAAAAGUUGAUGAAGACACUUUUUGCUCCAUGAAUUAUCUAAUUUAGUGGUAAAGGACUUGCUUAGUAGGGGCUUUAUGUUGUUAGUUAAAUUUCCUUUUCAAAUUUUUCCAUUUGUAGUAAAGCAUUGCUUCCAGGUUGCCCGUCAAAGUUUGUAUAUGAAUGGCAAUUGAUAUAAGAUUGAAUAAAUUUGAGUGUGGAGCGGUGGAUAUCAAGGACAAAGUCAUCAUCGUUUAGUCUGCACAAUGCAAGAAAAUUAUAAAAGUAAGUGGGUUAUCGGUUAUUAAACUGAUCUGAAAUUCCGUAGGUGGAUUACAGGGGAAAUCAGUCAAAUAAAUUAUAAUUGAAUUAUGGGAUCGUGACAGUUUUUGAUCAGGUGUCUUUUGGUUUGACGUUUUGGUCUCUAAUGUGAAAUAAGCGGGAUAAAGUAAAUUCAAAUGCGAUAAAAGUAUAUAGGGCUCGUGCUUUAUAAGUUUCGUCGGCUUUGCAAAAAAAUGUUGCAAAAAGGCGUUCAGAAUUCGCUCUGAACGCCUUUUUGCAACAUCAGUUCAAAUCGUGAAAAAUCGUGAACUGAUUAUUGCAAAAUCAGUUCACGGGGUGAACUGAUGUUGCAAAAAGGCGUUCACGAUUUGAACUGUUGUUGCAAAGUGGCGUUCAGAGCGAAUUUUUUUUGCAACAUUUUUUUGCAAAGCCGACGAAACUUAUAAAGCACGAGCCCUAUAUGCUACUAAAUAUUUUUGGCAGAAUUUUUAUCACUAUGAUAUUACAAUUUUUCGAGAUCUCUAUAUUAAUCAUGAGAUUGUUGAACUUGAUUUUUGAUUUUUUAGCCUUCUAAUCUCCUUUUCUUGCAGAUUCCUUCAAGUUCCAUUAA